AUGGGCUGUCCUAGUGCUAGAGCCAGUGUGAGCAUGACCAGCAGUGACCUGGAAGACCUGCAGGAGGCUGUGCCCAAGCAGACAUCCUUGGAGGAAGCCACAGGGGUUCACAUGAUGCAGGGGGACCCAGCCACACCGGCGAACGAACUGGAAGACUCCACCAUUACAGGCAGCCACCAGCAGAUGUCAGCAAGUUCCUCCUCUGCACCUGCAGAAGCAGCAACAGAAAAGACAAAAGUAGAAGAGGAAGUGAAAACCAGGAAGAAAACCAGGAAGCCCAGGAAGAAAACCUGGCGGAAUGUCCUGAGCCGUUGGGACAUUUUUAAUAUAUUUUAG